AUGGAACGAAAACGUUCACAAUAUCAACGCUUUAAACAACAACGAUUUUGUGUUAGUCAACAAGACAUAACAAAAGCUCUGACUUGUAUGAAACCAACGGUGAAUCAUUUUCAAGAACGACAACUGGAGAAUUUGAAAAAUUCUUCAUCAACAUCUGCCAUUGAAAAAUUAGAUAAUCGAUCGGUUUCAAAAUUAGUUAAAGAGUUUGAAGCACGCGCAAGUCUAAGCCCUUAUGCAAGUGCUCAGAAUUUGUUACCGAUUGUUAAUGAUGUUAUUUCUAACGAAGCAGAAUUUAAUCGUAGCCACAUGUUUAUACGAACACUGAAAUUCAAGGUCGAUAACAGUGACAAUGGCAUCAUCAUCAACAAUAACGUCUGUUCGUCAAUUUCUCCUUCGACUAACACCAAUGGCAAUCAAAUGGUUAGAGUAGAAAUACAGCCAGAGCAAUACACCGGAGAUAAAGAACAAGAAAAAAACGACGAACAAAUCUAUGAAACAUUGGACAUAGAUCAUUGUAAACUAGACUUGCCACCGCCACCAGUGUCAUUCUAUACUACUAUUGACAAUAAUAAUAAUCCAAUAGAAAUGGCAACACGAAGUACUAAUAUUGAUGAAGCUGCACUAGCAUUAGGAAAACGACAUGAAAUUAGUUUUGAUGAAUUACUAACCAAAGAAGCACAACUUAAUCACGCACUUGCUGAUUUAAUCUCAAUAUCAAAUGAUACUGAUAAAUCUUUUUCAAUGAAUUCCUCGCCAAGAUCAACAAUAAACAAAAAUGAUCCUCGACGAACAUCCAGCGUCAAGAAUGAUAUUUCUGAUAUGUCGGCUACUGUUGAUUUAUUAAAUAGUCUACUUGAAGCAUUUGAACUUGACAAGAAAGAUUCCGAUAGGAAAAUAGCAAAUAAUAUUCAGAAUAAAAGUCAACGCAGGCGAAAGAUUGAUGAUAAUCCUCUUAAGCCGAUCAAUAUGUUUUGCCUCAUGUUGUCAGAUAAUGAUUGUGCCAAUUGUCAUCAAGCAUUUGCUACCAAUGAACAAAUUGUGAAUGCAGCUGGUCAUAUUUGGCACACCAAGUGCUUCGUUUGUACACAAUGUUUUCAACCAUUUGAAAAUGGAUUAUAUUUUGAACAUGAAGAUCGGAAAUAUUGUGAACGAGAUUUUCAAAUGUUAUUUGCACCCUGUUGUGCAGAAUGCAAACAAGCUAUUGUUGGACGAAUUAUUCGAGCACUUCAAAAGUGUUUUCAUCCGGAUUGUUUCCGUUGUCAACUAUGUCAGGCACCAUUAAUUGAAACGGGUUUUUCGAAAUAUAAUGAAAAAGCUCUUUGUCGAGAUUGUCAUGUAAAGGAAAAGGCAAAAGAUGCGCAUUUAUCAAAACAAAGUUGUGCGACAUGCCAUCAAAUGAUUGAUAAUAAAUAUGUGAAAUUUAAAGGUGACUUUCAUCAUUCAUAUCAUUUUCAAUGCGCUUCAUGCCAAGCUGAACUAGAUGAAAAUAGUCGAGAAGUACGAGGUUCAUUAUAUUGUCUUCCAUGCCACAAUAAACUUGACAUACCUGUAUGUGCUGCUUGCCGACGUUUAAUCGAUAAUCGAGUUAUUAGUGCUCUUGGCAAACAAUGGCAUGUUGAGCAUUUUUGUUGUGCUCGCUGUGCUCAACCAUUCUAUGGUAGUAAACAUUUUGAAAACAAAGGUCUAGCUUAUUGCGAAUCCGAUUAUCAUUUUCUAUUUGGUUCAACAUGUUUUAUAUGUAAUUGUGUUAUUACUGAAGGAGCUUAUACAGCCUGUAAUAAAAAAUAUUGCGCUGAUCAUUUUGCGUGUUCAAUAUGCGAGAAGAAAAUGAAUGAAAAAAGUAAAUUUUUCGAUGUUGACGCAGCACCUGUUUGUAAGCCAUGCUAUGGUAAAUUACCAUCAAACACUCGAAAAUCAAUUCAGCAAUCGAAAAAGAAACAAUUAUCAUCUAUAUUAAAACAAACAAGUGUUUAA